UGGAAGGGAAGGUUCCCCGCGCCGCCCACGGUAACGGGGUCCCAGCCGUCGUCUGUGCUGGGGCUCAGAGGGGAGGGCGAGGACAGCUGCGGCUGGGAAGGCUGUCCCGGUCUUUGCAGGGCAGCAGCGGGUGCGCUGCCAGGAGGAGGCUCUCCCGCGCACUCCUGCCGCCACCCUGGGCAGCCCUCGCGCCAAGGUGGGCGCCAGGGCUCCGAAACGUUAUCUACAUGGAGAGUCGGUGCUCAUGGGCACUCGAAGAUGACACUGCUUGGUCCCAGGAACUUCUCCAGUUCCCCUGUGUUGCUUUACAAGUGGAAACUUGAAGAGACAACAUCUUCUGCUGGCAGUAAGUACUGAAACAAAGCCCACACAACUUCUUCAUGCCAUGGGCAGCCCAUCAGAGCAUGCAGGGCUCUGAUGGACGAGCUGGAGCAUGACGUCACCAAGGCUCGGAAGAAGAAGGCCAAGGUGGGCUCCUUCCGCAUCAAUCCUGACGGGACGCAAGAGAGGAGAAAGAUCCCGCUCGUACAGUCCGAGGCGUUCCUCGUGGACCUCCUGGAUCAAGUGUGUGAGCGAAUGAACGACUACAAGCUGGAGGAGGACCCCGUGACCAGGGCGAAAACUUUCAAGAGAUACGCCCCGAGGAAAGGAGACAAAGUGUACAAAGACUUUAAAAAGUUCUACUUUUAUUCGGAUGCCUACAGACCAUUGAAAUUCGCGUGUGAAACUAUAAUAGAAGAGUAUGAAGAUGAAAUAUUCGCACUUAUCGCCCAGGAGGCACACUCUCUGGCUGACAAGCUGUGCGGUGAAAAGUCAGGUCUGUGUGAAACUUCUGCCAACGAUACUGAACUCUAGGAAAGUCGUGCCACUUGUUUCAAAGAGGAGGAAAGUCACAUCCCCAAAGGUCCAAGUGUGCCUUUUAUGUUUGCAUGUUGUCUGUCAUGAUACAGGAAAAAAUUGUCUUUUAUUUGCACCAUGUUUGGCUCAUGGGUGAUCCUUUUUUGAAAAUCUGUUCUUUGGCACCAUAACAAACCUUGACUUUCUGCAGGUGAGGCUGAGAACAUAUAAAACUGAAAUUAUCUCAGAUUUUAUUAAAAACAGGCUUAUAAUAAAGCAUGCAAUAUGGUAGUGAGGGGGGAAAGAAGACAUUCCAUAAUCUAAGGAAAGAUUUCACAAUGUGUGCUGUAUAUUUUCCGGUAAAUAUUUUUGCCCUUAUGCUAAUGUCAUGCAUUAUUUGGUGAGAAUUUGAUUUCUUAAAUAUUUUAUUGGCCUUUUACUGAGGGGCAUAUAUUUUAACAAAUUCCAAAUUCAGUCUUCAGGGCUGUCAUGACAUUUACAUUUCUAGAAACCAUGAGUUUAAAAAUAUCAUCUUUAAAAUUGGGUAAAAUACCUACAAAAUAAUGGAUAUUUUCAUAGUAUACAGCGCUUCAUUGUCUGCUCUUAAACAUGCCUUCUGGGUGCCAGGGAUUGAGUAAGAUGAUUCUGGAUGAUGCUGUGCAUUGAGAGGUGACACCAGUGGUCUGGUUUUAUUGCAAAUUCCUGG